AUGUUUGAGCCGUGGCAUAAACUUAGUUUUCGUGAAAAAGUAUUAUCAAUUGUUACAAAUGAAGUAACAGGGGGUGUAUUUGCUAUUGUCGGUUGUGCUAUUGUUCUGAUCAUUGUAUGGGUAGUAAAUAGUCCAGUUCAAUGGCAAAUAUAUAAAGAUCCUGUUCAUGAACAAGCACUCAUGAGUAUUAUUGGUGGUAUUUUUGCUAUUGUCUCAACAUUAAUGAGUCUGACUCAGAUAAUUCAACAUUUUGCUCACAGAACUCAUAGAGUUUCUCAGAAACGAGUCAUGCGAAUAUUGGGUAUGGUACCUGUAUAUGCUUUGACCGCUUGGCUCUGUCUACUAUUUUUCGAAGCAGCUAUUUAUGUGGAGUUUAUUCGAAGUUGUUAUGAAGCCUAUGUUGUUUAUUGUUUUCUUCUUUUACUAACAAAAUAUCUUGGUGGUCAUCAAGGUGUAGAAGAAGCUAUCUUAAACAAAGAAAAUAUUGAUAUGGUAUGCCCAUUUGGAUGUUGUUGUAAACCAGCACCAAAUGUAAAAUGGGCAUGGUAUUUUAAAAUCGGUCUUCUACAAUAUUCAUGGAUUACACCCAUAUGUUCAGGUAUAGCCGUUGUUUUGAAUUUGGCAAAUGUCUAUAAUAAUGGUGUAUGGCAAUUUAAUCGAGGCUAUCCAUAUAUUAUAAUUAUUAUUAAUAUAAGUCAAACAUUAGCUCUUUACACUUUAGUAACAUUCUACAACAAUAUGAAAGAUGAAUUAAAAAAAUUUCAACCACUAGCAAAAUUUAUUACGAUAAAACUUCUUGUGUUUUUUAUCUUUUGGCAAUCAGUUCUAAUGAGUGGUCUUGCAACCAUUGGAGUACUUCGAAAUACUCUAUGUGAUCCACUAGUCAAUGCCUAUUGCUAUGGUUCAGUAACAGGAUUUACAAUUGACCAAGAAAAAAUUUUAUUAGAAAAUGUUUUGAUCUGUGUUGAAAUGUUCUUUUUUUCAAUUGCUCAUCAUUGGAUUUUCAGCUGGAAACCGUAUGCAACGAGAGAGUACACAGAUCUUAUCGAAUUUCGAUAUCGUCAAAUGGCGAAUAGCAACAGUUACAUCAAUACACAGAUGUUUACAACAUAUUUUUGA